AUGGAGGAUAAGCUACGCUGUGCCACGCGAGAGGAGUUGAUGAGCCACGUGCUCACCCAGCGCCGUCUCAUUCGGCAUCUGCAUCGGCGCGUCGUCGAACUGGAGCGGGAGGUUUCCUUGGUGUCCCGCAGUUCACCUCCUCGGAGGAGCGGUGCGACAGCGUUGUCUGUGGGGCUUCGUAAAAUUGGCCGCGUCCUGCAAGCACAUGCCUCAGGUGCGCUGCAUCUUCCGCAGGAGUUUGUGGCCGAGUUUCUGUACAUCCAGAAGGAACUUGCCGCCGCGGCAUCCGGUGAAGCUCCCACACCAUCGUCGGGGAGGCCAGCGGCGUCACCGCCUGAGGAGGGGUCCAGUGUUCCGCGGCGUUUUUCUCCGCCAGGUUCUCUCAUUCAACGGACCCAGCAGCGCCUGUCAGUGAUACAGAGGGAUGAGACGCCGUAG